GCCUGGCCGCACGCCGGUCCCCGCCGCGGAGGGGGAUGGGGAGGGAGGAGAGACGAGGAGUUGGAGACAGACACAGCCUCCGCGAGCUCAGUUACGGCAGGAGACAGACGGCGGCGGGCGGCGGGCGGCGGGAGACUCCCCCCUCCGGCGACGGGAGGCGGGACACCUCCCUCGGCGGCCGUAGCACUGUACCCCCAGCCCCGAGGCUGCGGGCCGGAACGGGGACUAGCAGGCGAGUGCGGCUGGCCCUGCCUGCCCCUGCCCCGCGCGACACCGCAGCCGGCCGGGGAUCCCCUGCGAGCCGGGGAGGAGCCGCCGCCGCCGCCACCGCCGCCGCCGCCGCCGCCGCCAGACAGACUGCGAGUCCCUGGGAAAGUGAAAGGGGGGCGGGGAGCGCGAGGGAGGCCGGGGUAUAAGGUCCCCGGCUCUUAAAAAGACCCAGCGCGCCGGCCCCCCCGCCCCCCCCCCCCAGCCGCGGCGGCCCCGCUCCCCGCGCCCCUCCCCCGCGCCCGGCACGGCCCGGCGGCCCAACGAGCCGCACUGCGGGCGGUCCCAGCCUCCGCUCCGGAGGGGCGGCCGCAGCAGUUCAAGUUCUACAUUUGUAACAUCAUCCACUUACAAGACCAUUUCAAGAACUGACAUCAGUUUUCAUACAGCUUAAAAGAAAGAGGAGAGACGCAAAGCACAGAGAGCAGCAGAUCAGACCACACCGAACUCCACUGGAGCGUCGGAGCCGUGGAGGAUGCUGGCUGCCGAGCUGCAGAGGAGGCCCCCGCUCUAAGGGGGAGAGCAGGCCUCACUGAGACAGCUUCCGCCCCUCCCGGGCUCACCAUGGCCUGCACUCUCUGGCUGGACGGCUGACGUGACUGUGUGCCCCAAGUGUGCACGUGCUGGACUGGGUGCUGUCCCAGGUACCGCCUGCUCUCUGGGAGCAGGGCAGGUGGGCAUCAGAUGCUACCCAAAGCUGGACGGGGCAAAGCAAUGGACUCCGACAAGCUAAGAUGGAAGUGACCUGAGGCCUCGCCCAGGCGGUUUCCUCUUGCCAGGACAGCUCAAUAGUCGGAGCACAGGCUUGUCUGGGGAGCAGUAUGCAGGAAGCUGGUUUUCAGGCCACAAAUGCUUUCACAGAGUGCAAAUUCACCUGCACCAGCGGUAAAUGCUUGUAUCUUGGUUCACUGGUCUGUAACCAACAGAACGACUGUGGCGACAACAGUGAUGAAGAGAACUGUCUCCUGGUGACAGAACAUCCACCUCCGGGCAUCUUCAACUCGGAGCUGGAGUUCGCCCAGAUCAUCAUCAUCAUUGUGGUGGUUACGGUGAUGGUCGUGGUCAUCGUCUGCCUGCUGAAUCACUACAAAGUGUCCACGCGGUCUUUCAUCAACCGUCCGAGUCAGAGCAGGAGGCAAGAGGACCGGCUGCAGCAGGAAGGGCGCCUGUGGCCUUCAGACAGCUCUGGUCCUCAGCCUGGUGCCUCAGAGAUCAUGUAUGCCCCGCGGUCUCGGGACAGGUUCACUGCCCCGUCCUUUAUCCAGAGGGACCGGUUCAGCCGCUUUCAGCCCACCUACCCCUACGUGCAGCACGAGAUUGACCUUCCCCCCACCAUCUCCCUGUCUGACGGGGAGGAGCCGCCUCCUUACCAGGGGCCCUGCACCUUGCAGCUCAGGGACCCCGAACAGCAGAUGGAACUCAACCGAGAAUCUGUGAGGGCCCCGCCCAACCGGACCAUAUUCGACAGCGAUUUGAUAGACAUCUCUGUGUACAACGGGGGCCCAUGCCCGCCCAGCAGCAAUUCGGGCAUAAGUGCCAGCACCUGCAGCAGUAACGGGAGGAUGGAAGGGCCACCCCCCACCUACAGCGAGGUGAUGGGCCACUACCCAGGAGCCUCUUUCUUCCAUCACCAGCACAGCAACACCCACAGAGGGGGCAGACUGCCACUUCAGCACGACAGCGCGGGGAGCACGGUGGUGCCCAUCCAGGGCAAGGACAGGAAGCCUGGGAAUCUCGUCUGAUCCUCCAGCAUGCGCUUGAGUGGAGAAGAAGAAACCGAGGACGGAGGAGGACUGCUCAGCUCCUCCGCUCCCGGGCACAGUGCUGUUCAGUUUUACGUGCGACAACUAAGUAAAACCAAAUAUGCAAAUGUGGUCUUUGUUUCUGAUUCCUUUCAGGGGAGUUGCAUGCAAACCAGACUGAAACAAUACAAACUUCCAUCCGGUCUGACCGUCAACAGUGUUUAUUCGGGGGCAGGCGUUGGGAGGGGGGUGGUUUUGGCAAAGGGUGGGCAUGGGAACAGAGAAAGGGGUGCUUUGACUAUAUCAUGAAAUAAAACACAGAGGUAUUUGAUUUAUUUAAUUAUGAAAGGAGACUGCAGAGAAAGAGGCCAGAAUGGCCUUAAAUUUAUAAUUAACUAAAUAAAGAAGGAAGCAUUAUUAUAUAUUAUCAUGGGGAAGAAUUGGCCAGUUUGCUUUUUCUCCCAAGGUGUGGAACUUUUAUUUUGUUUUAAAAAUAUGAUUCAAAAUUCCUGUUUUUGUGUGCCAAGGUAUAAAGUGGGGAAGCUCGAUGAAUGCAAGGAGUUGAUUUGUGUUGUUAUGAUGAUGUGUUUUUAAAAGUUGCACUAUCUUAAUGUUGAAAAUAUAGAUGAGGGAACUGUUUUAUGUGAUGUCCUGUAUGUUGUCUUUUCACCUGUGGAUUAUUAGUAGGCCUAAGGAAUGUCCUGGAGUGCUUCCCGUAAUCGUGCCAGAAAAGAUGUUUGGGGACGUAGCCUAACAUGCCGACUUGUGUACAUCAAGAAGGCCGUUACCGCUGUGAGAGUCUGUAGCAGAGAGCAGGGCGUCUGAAGCACGGGGGCCUUUGGGUGUAAGAUAGGAACGCGAAGGUCCGGCACUUGGGACUUGCUGAGUUACUCUGCUAGCCUAGGCCACCUGUUCUGUUAAGCGUGGCCGACACAUGCAUGGACCACCCAGUAUCGCAGUGCCCUCGCCCUCCAGCAGUGCAGUUCUUCAGUAACUUAGGUUGUUUUUUUUUUCACUGUAGCAUGAAGUAGACUCAUACAUAAUUUUAUGCAAUAAAUUGUUUAAAAUGCAAGGUGGUUAUUUUGAAUACUGUUGAGAUUUGUGACUUCUCAGUGUAUUCCCGUUGUCAGCCUCCUUUUCUAGACAGUUCAGUUCAGUCCUGGACAGCUGGUCAGUGCCCGAGGGGCUCUCAGCGGUUGCUCCGCAUGGAGCCUGCCGGCCUCGGCGUGUGAGCGAUGCUGGUAGUGACUUCUUCAUCGGAAACUCCUGGAAUGGACAGAGGACACCACAUUGCUGAGCAUGAUAACAAGCCAUUGCCCUUCACCAAAUGGGCGCAGCAUUCUCGGGGGAAUGCUGUGCUCACAGCCCACGCUCCCGCGGGAGUCCGUGCAGCCUUUGCAGUGUGGCCAGAACUGGACGGUCAGUUCCACAGCAGGGCAGGGCAGGCGGGCGACUCCAAAAGCACAGGAUUAAAAGCACAACAUGCAGUUAAAAUGCAACUAGAAACUAAUUUUAAAUAUUGUUAGUUUUAGUUUUAAUAUUCCUGAUAUUUACAAAAGGUGUUCUUAUGUAAAAGAAACAGCUUUCUUAUGGGGAAGAAAGCAUCUGGCUUUUAUAAUAGCACCAGCCAACAAGUUCAACCAAUGCCACACCGCCGCCUGCUCUGCGUGGGCCAGUCCCCUUGGCCUCUGCAUGUAACAAAAUGGAUUGGAAGGAUGACCCAGUGACUGAUCGCUGCAGUGUUGAUGCUGAAUAACACACGCGCUUGAGUCUGUCUGUGGGUCUCAGAUGAUCUGUCAGUGAGGUGACUUGGUGCUGUCAGCCGAGAGCUGGAGAGACUGUUCUGAGCUACAAGUCCUGUCCCCUGCCUUCUGCUCCUUUCUGCUGCUGGUUUUUGUUUUGCUUUGAGGAUUGGACUCUUCAUUAAAUUGAUUCAUUUCACCCAGUCACAGCCACAGAACUAGCCAAACUCUUAGAAAGAGAGAAUAAACAGACUCUGUUGGGACGUGUGCGUGCUAAGAGCCGCAGUGGGAAUUCCAAGACUGGGCAGAGCCCCGGGGGGCCCCUACCCGGUCAGCUCACUGCCUGGAUCCCCCGCCUGUGUGGGAGGGCAGCUGGCACUCUUUGUGGCAUGGAGCCUUGUCUCACCCUGUCAGGUGAAGGUGAGCAAGCACUUGUGCCUGUCAGGACUCCUGGUGGAGGUGCCGGGUAAAUUAUUGGUCAGGUGUCCCCUCAGAUGAAAGAUGACAAGGUCAGCUAAUGAUAUCAUUCCAAACCUCGCCUGCAAUUUGGGUAAAGCAGGUGAACCCACCCUGUAACUCUAGCUCAACAUGGUUUUGCAGUCCUUCACUUUCCUACCUGCUACAAGAGUGAGCUGUAGUCAGAAACUUGUCGAUUCUUAGUUAUCUUGCAAGUAUGUGAAUGUUUUUAUCGGUGUCCACAGUAUUGGCAAAACAAAUAUUGAAUUCACAUAAAUGUCAUCGUCCUUUCAAAAGCGAGGUUCCUCCCAUUCAGCCACUCUAGAGAAUUGUCCUUUACGUUAAAUAGCUAUUUAAUGACAGAGACAUUUGAAACCAUGAACGUGAAUGGUCUUGAGGCUGGGCCUCCAUAAUGAAUUAGUUUAAAAGCCAAGGUCAUAAACUUAAUUAAUAGUCACUUGCCCUUUGGCACAGGGAAAAGGUGAUUUAGAUCAGUAGCUCUUUUGAGGGUGGUGGCUGACCUGUCGCUGCUCGCUGGCCUGGCGUGGAAAGAGGAGUGAGGAAGGUGCAGCCUGCACAGUGGGGCCUAAGGUGGAGAAGCCUGUGUGCUUACGGAGCCCAAGCGGGGAUUGAGACCGUCAGGGAUGGGUUGGUUACCUCGGUAGAGAGUUGAAACAAAGGCUUGCAAGUUCAGAAGAGCAGCUGGUGGGAAGGGGGCUGAGCAUCCUGCUCUGGCUUGCCCACCCCAGGGGCUGCCUGGAGCAUGACGCCCAGCAUGUGCUGAGUCCCAUUGACAGGAGCACGGCCCUCAGGCAGGUAUCUGUGUUUUCAGAAAGUCGUGUUCUUCAGACACAAGCAGUCCCGAAUCCCAAAGAGAUUGUGCUACACAAAUUAUGCAUUUAAAACGUUAAACUAUUCUUGGUGUUUCUAACCAAAAUUCCGUGUUAAAGAAGCUCGGCAAGCAUAUCCUCUGGCCUCCCCCAUCACCUAUACACGCGGGCACACAACCCGCAAGAAAUUCCAAGAUUGCGGGGAAGAAUAUUUAAAACGUACAAAGAUUGGUCAUGAGGGUGCACAGGGCUCCUGGGCGAGGAAAGAGGGGCCUUCCAACACCCGCAGGGGAACGUGGUACACAGAUGAGUGCUUCUGGAGCUUCUUAUAUCUCCAUUGGAUCUUCUCCGCCUUUAUCUUCUUCACUUUUACCUUCGGCAACUACUUUCAGACAGCUUCUGUUAUCUAGAAGAAUCCAUGCACAUCCCUGCCUUCCUCCCACAACCGGUAGCUGCUUCCUGACAGGGGUGAUCCUGCAUCUUGCAUCUAAUGGCUCUUGUCUCCAGGAAGUCCUUUGUAGGAAGAGUCCUGGGGCGAUGGCCUUUAGAUACCGGUCCAUAGCAAAGGAGAUGCCCGUCCAGCCCCUGCCCCUCAAGAGAAAGUCCGUCCAUCCUUGGCCACUCAGGCUGCUGCAUGCCCCGAACCGCCUCCUGGCUGGUCUGCCGCACGGGUGCUUGCUUCUCGAGGUCUGCUACUUAGCACGGCGACAUUCACUGCAUGUUCGUUGCUAUGCAUUUCGUUUUUCUUAAAACUUCGAAAGCUCCGCAGUGUAUGAUGGAAAGAAACUGGGAAAGAUACUUAGUUUUUGUUAACUUUCUGAUUGUGUCUAAGUGACUAAAAGCAAAACUAUGCCAGUGUUUGGCACUGUGUCUUCAUACGGUGACAUAGUCCCCCGAGUCCGCCUUGCUUGCUGCCAGCAUCCCCAACCUCAGUGAAGAGCAGGGACGCAGGCUUCCGCUCUGCUUACCUUCACCUCCAUUACCCUCAAAUUUAGAUAAAGUAGCGGGACUGGGCGUCAGCUGGCAGGUCCCCCUCCUCGCUGUGAGGAGCACUGUAUCUAACCGUGGCGCACCCAAGUCACAGAUCAAGGAACUUUACUUUCACUCCAGGCCACAGCUUUGCGGCUCACCUCACUUUUACGGAUUUAAAGGGGACCGAGGCCACGCUGCCAGCUGCCAGAGAUCAGAGUGGUGGAUGGAGAAGGGGUAGCAUGCUCCUGCCUGGGGAUCCCCUACAUUUCCGCUUAGGCCACGUGACUACCCAAAGUGCUGCAUCUUUUGCAUAGUUCAAGUUUAUCGUUUCUGCCAGGGUGAGACAGCCGUUUGCUGCUGCUGCUGCUGCUGCUGCUUUCGGGGUUGGCUGCAUUUGGAAGCUGUCGUGUGUGAGUGGAUGCCUUGCUAUGAAAGCAAAGCACCGUCUUCCUUUGCUCCUUUUCCUUCCGCCCCCUCGGUGUGUGCUUGUUUAAGUGGACCGUGGUGGGGCUUAGCGCGAGACAGAGGCUGUCGGCACAUGAUACAUGCAUAGUACACGGAUCCAUGUCCUGCGGAGAACUCUGCAUGUCCGUAGAUUUCAAGCAGCUGCCUUGUCUCAUGUUCUGGGUUUAGCAGACGUAGGACCCGAGCCCCCGCCGCUGCCGCACUCCGCGCUCCCACCUUUGUUGUGCCUCACUGACAAUGGUGCUUCUUCAGUUGUUUGUCUUUUCUUACGUUUUUAUUUGUAAGGUGCUGUAUAUAACUUGAAUAUAUUAUGCACAUAUCCUACCCAAUGGGUAGAACAUACAUUGUUAAUACUGUAAUAUAAUGUAUAGAUACCAAUUUUAACAGAAAUGGCAUAGAAUUUGUGAAUGCCUAUGUGCUUUGUCCUCUUUUGUAAGGAAAUUUGCAAAUGGAUGCAUACAGAUAAAAGUCUAUGUAGUUUAUUUUCCUAUUAAAUACCAAUAUUAUAACACAAGGGAAAGAAGUCUGAACAAGCAAGCCAGUUUAUGACCAGCGUAUGUAUAGCAAAUGAGAGUUGCAUCUUUGCUGUGAAAACACUUUAAAAAAAAUAAGUUUAAAAAAAUUCCAUAGCUUUUUGGUUGCCACUAGAUGCUUCUUCUUUUCAGCUCUUAACGCUCAGUUGGACCAGUGUUAGAAAAGAAAAAUAGUUGACUUUUCAACUUGUUUUAUGAAGACAUCAGUGUCGUGUAGAAUAAUGAUGUCAGACCCCAGAGAAAGUGCACAUUUUGCUAAAAUUGCAAAAAUUACAUCCAGAGUCCGUGGGCCUGCAGCGGAGGGCCUUGCUCGGUACGGGGGCAUUUGGGACCAUCUGGGUCCCGAGUCUCUCUCUGCCUUUCUCCUUCACAAACUGAAGCUGUGGAGCCAGUGAAAUACCGGAAGGGUUUGUAGGAAAGCAUACCUCAGGGAAAAUGAAGCCACUUGCGACCCCAUUCUUCAAAAAAAUGUCAUUAUGGGUUAUAUUAGCAGAGAAUUAGCUAUCAGCCCCCCGAGUUGGGAAUCUUAUAUCCAUUCCUUUUGGUGUCUCAUGGUGAUCUUGAUCCAAAAAAAUAAACUGGGUUUUGCCACCGGUUAGGGAUUACAUUUGCAGUUGCGUGAUGUCACAUCUCUCUUCCAGCUCGGUUUUUAGUGUCUGACUGUGCUCUCUGCAUUUAUCUUCAAAUAUCCUAAAGUUACAAAAAAAAAAAAAAAAAAAAGCCUAUCACAGUGAUGGCGAACCUAUGACACGCGUGUCAGAGGUGACACGCGAACUCAUUAUUUUGGUUGACCUUUCUUUGUUAAAUGGCAUUUAAAUAUAUAAAAUAAAUAUCAAAAAUAUGUCUUUGUUUUACUAUGGUUGAAAAUAUAAAAAAAUUUCUAUAUGUGACACGGCACCAGAGUUAAGUUAGGGUUUUUCAAAAUGCUGGCACGCCGUGCUCAAAAGGUUCGCCAUCACUGGCCUAUAACAACGUGCUCACUAAACCACUGUUGAACAUGGGUGUGAGCAUCCUUUUCAGUGUAUUCUGUCACUAGAGGAUCUUAAUUCUAAUAAAUUCCAUGGUUUUUAUUUGCUCUGUGGUGUAUGUUCUGAUCUUGCAAAUCACAAUAGGAUCAUAUCCUUACCCGCCAGAAAACAUAUUACCGAUUAUCCUUAAACUGAAAACGCCUCUACAAUGCAGCUCUUAAUGCUGAAUAAACUAAAAGUCAGCCCUUCUUUUAUUAUCUGUUUUGAAAGAUCCAUGAAAAGAUCGGUAUCUCGUGUGUUCUCGCUCCUGUCCAACCCCACUGUCUGGCCCACUGUCUGCUGCAGGGUUCCCCAGGCGUCAGCAUUAAAAACAGGGGCUCACUGCUGUCAGGAACCACAUUCCCCCCCAUCCACCCCAGGUUCAAUCUCUGGGGAGAACUGUUGAGGGUGGGUGUCAUCACAGAAUGUUCUGGACUCAGAGGUACUAACAUUUGUUACCACACCAUUGCUUUCUCUCUACAGAACUAAUUAAAGCUUAAACUUUAUUGUUAAUGAUACUGGUUCACUUUAAUGUGCUUAUUGGUAUGUUGUUAUUUUUCAUUUCAUGGCUUUCAAAAAUCACGUUUCUAAUUGUAUAUUUGUCUAGUGUGAAGCUGUUUUAAAACAUGUAAUACUAUUCACAGCAUUUAGUUCAUUUAAUUAUUAUAAAGCAGCCUACUAAAAAAAGUAUAACUGUAUUUGAACUUUUCAAGUUGAUCAUAUGAGUUAUGAUAAUAAGAAGUCAUUAAAGUCUUUUCUAACAGCCAUUUGUGCUUACUUUUCAAAAUAAUUCCCAGUUAUGCACUAAAAAAGAUCUCCAACUGUUGUGUAUCUGCCUCUUUUUAACUGAGCACUGGUGAUGUAGUUCUUAGGCCUAAGGUCUGUCAUUGCAAUACUUUUAAAGAAAGAUGUUGCUCUAAGUGCUGUUAAAGCUAUGAAAUCAGCUUUUUCUGCUUGUUCGUAAUGCUAUGGUCAAACCACAGCACAAAAUUAUUAAAAAUAAUCAGUGAUUUA